UUUCAACAACCUGUGUCCCGCAAUUGAGUAUCGUCCAUAAUUCAGCAUUGGACCAUUGGUCUUCUUCAAUUUCAGAGAGAACCUAGCAGAGAGAAUCUUCAUCAGGUAAAAACUCGCCGCGAAAGCUGAAGUUUACUAACAAUGGCUGACAGGAUUAGCUGGUUGCCAGAUGAAAUCCUUUGUCACAUUCUCUCUUUUCUUCCAACUCAUGAUGCUUUUGCCACAAGUCUUCUUUCAAAGAGGUGGAAGCCACUGUGGCGAUCAGGUCCUACUCUCUUCUUUGACGACCAAAACUAUAUCAUAAACAACCACAAACCCUACGAUUGCUUUUCAAAGUUCAUAUAUAGAGCCAUUCGCAACAGAUAUCCGCACCUACCAAUUACUAGUUUUCGUCUACAAUGUGGUGCUUCCAGUUUCAACCUUUCUGAUUCCGAUGUUACUACAUGGGUCAACUCUGCUAUACAAUGUGGAAUUGAGAAUCUCCACAUCGAGCUUCCAUCUUCAGAUCCUGUACUGUGCUUUAGAAGCAGUGUUUUCAGCUGUAAAACUCUGGUUGUUCUCAAGUUGAAGGGGUUAGACAUAGAUGAAUUUUCUAUUUUUGAUCUUCCCUCACUCAAAACUCUGAAUUUGAUUGAUGUUAGUUUUGAAAAACCGCAAUAUCUUAUGGAACUUCUUUCUGGGUGUCAAAUUCUUGAGGAUAUGCGUUUGAGGUUUAUAUACUGUGGUUAUUCUUCUACUCCCUGUAAUAACAACUUGACAAGGUUUUCUAAGUUGGUCAGGGCAGACAUACAUGCCAUUGGCUUAGAUAUUCCUCUGAAGGAAAUUUGUAAUGUAGAAUUUCUUCACAUUGACAAGGUUUGUAUAUAUGUGUAAGAAAAGUGUGAUUAAAUUGUUUGUAAUUUUGUAUUUAUAGGAAAUGUACUAUUGUUUCGGAUUGCUCUUUUUAACUAUUGCAGUACCCUGAUGACAUUCCAGUUUUUCCCAA